UUGAAAUCUGGGGUUAUGAAGUCAGUCCUGGAUGGCCUCGCAGAUACGACCUUCAGAACAAUUACAACAGAUCUUCUUUACAUGGGUUCCAACGAGAUCCAUGAUUUCCGACCCAAAAUGACUGCUGGAGAUAAUGCUGUCUUGAGUGUCCAUCCAUCGGAUCAAAUCAAUCUUACAGAUUUUUACAAUAAAACUACCUUCAAGGAGAAUGAUGAGAGUAUACAAUGCGGGGAAAACUUCAUGGAUAUGGAGUGCUUUAUGAUUCUGAACCGUAGCCAGCAGCUGGCGAUUGCUGUACUGUCCCUUACACUGGGUACCUUCACUGUUCUGGAAAACCUUCUGGUCUUGGUUGUCAUCCUGCACUCCCGAAGCCUGCGUUGCAGACCUUCCUACCAUUUCAUCAGCAGCCUGGCAGUGGCAGAUCUCCUGGGUAGUGUAAUCUUUGUUUACAGUUUUGUUGACUUCCAUGUUUUUCAUCGGAAAGAUAGUCCUAAUGUAUUCCUCUUCAAACUGGGUGGAGUUACAGCCUCCUUCACUGCCUCAGUCGGUAGUCUUUUUCUUACUGCAAUAGACAGGUACAUAUCUAUACACAGGCCCCUGUCUUACAAAAGGAUUGUUACGAGAUCAAAGGCUGUUGUAGCAUUCUGUGUGAUGUGGACCAUAGCUAUUGUGAUAGCUGUUCUUCCCCUGCUUGGUUGGAACUGCAAAAUGCUCAAUUCAGUUUGUUCAGAUAUAUUUCCUCUAAUUGAUGAGAACUAUCUGUUGUUCUGGAUUGGGGUGACCACUGUCCUUCUGCUUUUUAUUGUGUAUGCCUAUAUGUAUAUACUGUGGAAGGCUCAUAGCCAUGCUGUUAGAAUGCUCCAGCGUGGCACUCAGAAGAGCAUAAUAAUUCAUACUUCAGAAGAUGGUAAAGUGCAGCAAAUCACUAGGCCAGAACAAACACGAAUGGACAUCAGGUUAGCCAAAACCUUGGUCCUCAUUCUCGUGGUUUUGAUUAUCUGCUGGGGUCCUCUGCUUGCAAUUAUGGUCUACGAUGUCUUUGGGAAGAUGAACAAGCUUAUCAAGACUAUCUUUGCCUUCUGCAGCAUGCUCUGUCUGCUGAAUUCCACAGUGAAUCCUAUUAUCUAUGCUCUCAGGAGCAAGGACCUGAGACAUGCUUUCAGGAGCAUGUUCCCAACAUGUGAAGGGACAGCACAACCUCUUGACAACAGUUUGGAGUCUGACUGCCAGCACAGACAUGCUAACAACCCAGGUAACGUCCACAAGGCUGCUGAAAGGUGUAUUAAAAAUACAGUUAAGAUUGCCAAAGUGACCAUGUCUGUUUCCUCAGACACUACUGCAGAGGCAUUGUAAAACAAAGACCUCAGCAUUAUGAGAGAUCAAAUUAAGAGAAAGCAAGAGAAAGCAAUGA